ACCCAUUAUGCCUGUGCCCUUUGCUAAAUUGCACCGCGUGCUUACAUUCCUCCAUUGAAAAGCUAGAAAUAAACAAAGAGCGCAUGUUAACUCCAAUAUAAAACCGCUCUAUUCCACCACUUCCACUUCUGUGUUUCUAGCUACGGAGGGAAACUGUUUCUCUCUCUAACUGGAAAAAGGAAGAAAAAUAAAGUAAAACAGUUAGCUUUUUCUUUUUCUCCAACGAAUGAAGCUCAAAGGCGAGAAAUUUAUGGUUUGAGUUCCCGUAAAGCCUUGAACUUUGUGGCUUCUUUUCCAUUUUCACCGUACCUUUUUUUUUUAGGCUUCACAUAUGUCUUCAGAUAUAAGCUAAGUUUGAUUCUUCCCUAACCUCUUUGGAAUUUACAUUCAGCCAUGGAAGCUUGCAAUGCUGGUGUGAGUGUGUUGUUGUGUUUGGUUGAAUCUGUUUUGGCAACAAAUGUGAGUGUGAGUCCCUUCUAGAAGCUUUUGAAUUAGCAAAGUUUUAAGCCUGGUAGUGUGAGUAGUGAUGGGUAGGGAUCGGCUGCUAUUGGCAAUGGUUGGACCGCCAUUAAAACGGCGUGCAGGGUUGCGGAGGAAGCAGGCUGGAAGAGGGUCUUAUAGGGGAAGCUAAAGCAAAAGUGGUGGUGUGAGGAUUGGAGGGGUUUUGUAUUUAUUGUUUUUUUUUUCUGUGGGAAUCGAAGUGUCAGUGUCGGGUUUACAAUCAUUCAGACACCUGCUGAACAAACUGAGCUAGACUCCCGUUGUUUUUUUUUUUUGGAGGUGUGAUUGAUCACCCUUUUAUUAGGGUGUCAAAAAGUUUUGAUUUUGUGAAGAAGGGGAAGAAAAUGGGUAGCAACCUGCACCGACUGCUCAGAAGCUUCUGUUUGGGCACUGAUUGGAAGUAUGCCAUCUUUUGGAAGCUCAAACAACGGGCUCGGAUGAUCUUGACAUGGGAGGAUGCUUACUAUGACAAUCCAAGUAUUUGUGAGUCUUCCGAAAACAAGAGCUGCCAUAAUUCAUUGGAGCAGAUUGGCAGUGCGGAUUUUUCGCAUGAUCCUCUAGGGUUAGCUGUGGCAAAGAUGUCAUAUCAUGUAUAUUCAUUAGGGGAAGGAAUUAUUGGACAGGUAGCUGUUACUGGAAAGCAUCGGUGGAUCUGUGUAGAUAAUCAUGUUACAAGUUCUGGCCCAUCUUUUGAGUUUGCUGAUGGGUGGCAAUCUCAGUUUUCUGCUGGAAUUAGAACCAUUGUUGUUGUAGCAGUAGUUGCUCUUGGAGUUGUUCAGCUUGGCUCUUUAAAUAAAGUUACUGAAGAUAUGGGGGUCGUGUCCUGUAUCCGAAGUCUCUUUUUGUCUACUCAAGAUUACACAAUAAGCCAUGUUCAUAAUCAAGUACAAAAUAGUGUGAAGAAUUCCUCAUCUGUGCUGGAUACCAAAACUUCAAAAAGCAUGCCUGCCUUACAUGAUACUGAGAAAACCAUGAAGCAUGAAGCACUGGAUAUUUUAAUGCCCUUUCAAUGUCCUCGGAAGAAUUAUUCACCUCACGCUGUUCAUCAGAAGAUGGUUGUUGAUGUGGCCAAGCAUGAUUUGCCUGAAUUAAACAGUGAUAGAAGUUCCAUUUUGCUUCAGUCAAUGUCAAAUAUGAUGAACGUGGAGCAACAGAAAUUAGUAGGGAUGAGACCUGUAAAUGAGAGUAAGUUUGAAGGGAACAGUGGCUGUGAAGAUAAAAGUUUGGAAUCAGGAAAAAAUGUUUCAUCAUUUUUACACCAUUUAGUAAUGGAUAAUAAUAGUGUCAAUGAUUUAGCAUGCCCGUCAGAAAAUGUUGGAGUAGAUCCAGUAUCCUUCUCUUCAGGCUUUCUUGAUGCAGCUGUUUGUGUGAGCGAUAAGUUUCAGUAUGUAGACAUAAACGAAAAAGGAGUGUUGAAUGUGCCCAGACCUUCAGAUGCAAACUUCCAAAUAAAAAGUGAGAAGUCAAAGUUUCAGACUGAACCUUGUUACAAGGAUACCUCAUACACAAUGAAGUUUCCUGCUGGCUAUGAGCUACAUGAAGCACUUGGACCAAGUUUUCUGAAAGGGAGUAAGUGUUUUAAUUGGGCAGCGGAAGCAAAUCAAGAUGUUAAAAAUGCUGAGAUGUCAGAUGAGAUUAGCUGUAGCCAAUUGACUUCUGAAUUUCGCCCAGAGCAUCUCUUGGAAGCUAUGGUGGCUAACAUUAGCCAUAGUAAUAAUAAUGUUAAUAGUGAGUUAUCAUUUUCGACAUCAAUGCAGGCUGCAAUUGCCUCAGGAAGAAAUCCUGAAGGUUCUGUUCACGCUGUGCACACUAUUAAUUCUGAAGGCUGUUCAAUAGAUCAGCUUCCUUUUGUUAAAGAGGACAAACAUUAUAGUUUGAGUUCAUCUGGGAUAUGCGGUGUAAUGUCCCCAAAGGGAUUUUCUUCUACAUGUCCUAGUUCAUGUAGUGAACAGUUUGAGAGGUCUUCUGAACCAACUAAGAACAGCAAGAAGAGGGCUAGGCCUGGGGAAAGUUGUAGGCCUAGACCAAGGGACAGACAACUGAUACAAGAUCGUAUUAAGGAGUUGAGGGAACUGGUGCCAAAUGGUGCAAAGUGCAGUAUUGAUUCAUUGCUGGAGUGCACCAUAAAACACAUGCUCUUUCUUCAGAACAUAACUAAGCAUGCUGACAAGCUAAAUAAAUUUGCGGAUACAAAGACAAAGUUACAUCACAUGGAAAAAGACAUUCCUGGUCAACAAGGUUCAAGUUGGGCAAUGGAAGUAGGAGGCCAUCUGAAAGUUAGUUCAAUACUAGUGGAGAAUCUUAACCAGAAUGGCCAGAUGUUUGUUGAGAUGGUGUGUGAAGAGUGCAGCCAUUUUCUUGAAAUAGCAGACGCCAUCAGAAGCUUAGGUAUGACAAUUUUGAAUGGUGCAACAGAAGCUCACGGUGAGAAGACAUUUGUAUGUUUUGUGGUCGAGGCAGGAUCAGAGGGCCAAAACAACAGAAAUUUACACAGAUUGGAUAUCUUGUGGUCACUUGUUCAAUUACUUCAAUCCAAGAGCACAAUGUAUUCAUAAAAACUAUUUGAUUCUUGGAACCUUAACAAUGCUAGGGUGUGUUACUUUAUUCAUCUUAUGUUUUCAAUUUGAAUAAAAAAAAAUAGAAAAUAAGAUUGGAAACA